UAAGAUGGCUGUGUCUCGCGGAGCCUCGUGCUGGUUUGGUUGGUUUCUAGCUCGCGCUCUCGUUCUGUAACAGAAGCCCCCCCCCUCCAACACACACACACUUGUGUCGGUGAAUUUCAAUUCCCUGGCUCUGUAUUUAUAUAUAUUUUCUUCCACAAAACUUUCCCCCCCGGUUUUAACUUUAAACGGAGUCGCGGUGGAUUACCGGAUACCGGUCCGGGCGGAGGGUAAACGGGGGAAUGAACCGGGACAACGGGUACGUUGUUAUAAAUAUAAUUGUAUUUAUGUUAAAUGCUUAUUCGGAGUUUGAUUGUGAGUGAGUCGCCGUGCUGAGAGAGAGAGGUAGAGAAAGAGUGGGGGAGAGAGAGAGGGAUAUCAUGGCCGCUCAGGUCGCCAGCGUCGCCACUCUCAACACUAGCCCGCCAUCCGAACUCAAAAAGCCGGAUCGGGACCCACAGGAGGAGUCGGUACCGGGAGAGAAGCAGCAUGAAAAUAAGGAACCGGGAUCUGACGGUGGAUCUCCUGGCCAAAAGGAGCUGCAGGACGGGACCGAUGCUGGAAAUGCUGGGGGAGGAGGGGAUCCUGACAUGAAGAACGGCAACGGGAAUCUGCCCAGGGUAAAUAAUAAUAGCAGCAAUCAGAAUGAUACAGGCGGUCCCGAAGGGAAUAACCAUCCCGGGAUGGGACACCACCACACGGGCCCCUUUCCUCCACCUCCUUACGGUUACAACCAGCACUACAGCCGGGCCCCUUUUCAUCAACAUGGCGGACAACAAAGCCCUGGCAUGGCAGCUGCAUCGGGGCCGGCAGUGCAACCAGGCAGCAUGAUGGACCCUUACCCCCCUAAUUCACACGAACACGGCUACCCAAACCAUUACAACAACUACAGCCCAUUCCCGAAUAGGACUUCUUAUCAGGGCCAAGGAUACGGGGCCAUGAAUUCCCCGCGUAAUAACCAGCCUCCGGCGGCUGGGGGGCAGCCAGGCAAGCAACAGCCAGCAGGAGGAACCACUGCUAUGGCUGCCUCUUACAAUAAUCAGAGGUAUAACAUGGGGAAUCAACAACCCACGUCUACGCCAACUUUAAAUCAGCUUCUGACAUCUCCCAGCUCUGCCAGGAGCUACCAAAAUUACCCCCAAGGAGACUAUAACAAUCAGGAAGGGGCCAGCAAGGGACCAGCAGAUAUGGGCAGCAGCCAGUAUGGUGGGGGCCAUCCGGGUUGGCAACAAAGGAGCCACCAUCCGCCUCCCAUGAGCCCGGGAAACACUGGACAACCUCUCAACAGAAAUCAGCCUCACAGCCCUAUGGACCAGGUAGGGAAGAUACGUGGGCAGCCAUACGGAGGCGCCAACCCCUACACCCAGCAGCAGCAAGGGCCUCCCCCAGGGCCUGGACCCCAGCAAGGAAGCUCGUACCCAGGACAGAGCUAUGGACCUCCAGGCCCUCAGCGGUACCCCAUGGGGAUGCAGGGCCGCACCCCCGGUAGUAUGGGCGGCAUGCAGUAUGGACAGCAGAUGUCAGCCUACGGACAGCAGGGACCUGGGGGCUACGGCCAGCAGAGCCAGGGCUACUAUGGCCAGCACGGCCCACCACCUCACCCUGGCCAGCAACAACCCCCGUACGCCGGCCAGCCCCAGGGCGCCUCUGGGACUCCGUACACCCAGCAAGGCCACCCCUCGCAGCCUCCCAGCCAACACGGGCAGCCGGGACCCCCUUACCCGCAAUCCCAAGGCCCGCACGGUCCUCCUCAGGGUCAGCCUCCCUACAGCCAGCCCCCACAUAGCCAGUCCCAGCCAGGCCAACCACCCUAUGUCCCUCCCCAGCAGCAGCAGCAGCAGCCUCAACAGCAGCAGGGUCCUGGGCCUCAGAGCCAGCAAGGCCCCCAGGGCCAGCCUGGCUACCCACAACCCACAGGGCCGGGACAGCCACCACAACAGCAGCCCCCGCAGCAGCAGCAGCCCCCGCAGCAGCAGCAAGGGCCCUCACAGCAGCAACAACAGCAGCAGCAACCAGGAGGGCCCCCUCCUCAGGCCCAGCAACCUCCAGGUCAUGGCCAGCAGGGCCAGCCAUCACCGUACUCCCAGACUCCCCCUUUGCAACAGCAGCAGCAGCAACAACAACAACAACAACAACAACAGUCACCAUUUCAGAGGUUUCCACCUCCUCCACAGGAGCUCUCCCAGGAUUCCUUUAGUUCCCAGUCCAGUGCUCCUUCUUCCAACCAGCCCAUGGCUUCCAACAAGAGCAGCCAAGAUGACAGCAUGCAGGCCCGGCCAUCCAGUCUGCCGGAUUUGUCCGGGUCCAUCGAUGACCUGCCAACCGGUACGGAGGGAGCCUUGAGCCCUGGCGUCAGCACCUCCGGGGUGUCCAGCAGCCAAGGCGAGCAGAGCAACCCCGCCCAGUCGCCCUUCUCCCCCCACACUUCACCCCACCUGCCAGGCAUACGUGGGCCUUCGCCAUCACCUGUGGGUUCCCCUGCCAGCGUCACGCCUUCCCGCACCGGCCCCCUGUCCCCAGCUGCUGUGCCAGGUAAUCAGAUGCCUCCCCGGCCACCCAGCGUCCAGUCAGACAGCAUCAUCCACUCUUCCAUCAACCAGUCGGCCAUGGGCCAGGACAGGGUAUACAUGCGUAACCCACAGAUGCCUCCUUACGGGUCUCCUGGUCAACCGGGUUCUGCCUUAUCUCCACGCCAGUCCUCGGGAGGCCAGAUGCAUGCUGGGAUUGGGCCAUAUCCUCAGAACAAUUCCAUGGGAAAUUAUGGGCCUCAGGGAGGCCAGUAUGGCCCACAAGGUUACCCCCGACAGCCUGGGUACAGCGGGAUGCCCAAUGCCAACUACCCAGGAGGCCCCAGCAUGGCCGGCUCCAUGAACCCCAUGCCCGGACAGGGCGGCGGGGCUCCUUAUGGAGGUAUGCCCCCUGGCAGAAUGGGCCCGGGGCAGAUGGGCGCUCGGCCCUAUGGUCCAGGGAUGGGCCCCAACAUGGCCGGCAUGCCUCCUCAGGUGGCGUCUGGGAUGUGUCCUCCACCCGGCAUGAACAGGAAAGAGGGUGGCCCCCCCAUGCACCAUGGACCCUCCAACUCUAUACACAAUAGGCCGCCCGGCUACCCUAACAUGUCUCAGGGCAUGAUGGGAACAGGCUCUCCGUAUGGCCCUGGCAUGAACAGCAUGCAGGGCAUGAUAAACCAGGGAGGGCCAGGUCCAUAUCCAAUGGGAACAAACAUGGCCAACAACACCCCUGUUCCAGGAAUGGCUCCCAGUCCGGAGUUUGGCAUGGAUAAAAUUAACCCUGCCCAGAAGAUGAACAACAAAGUGGAUGGGACUCCCAAGCAGGAAUCGAAAAAGGUAAAGAAGUCAAGCUCGUCCACCAUCACCAACGAGAAAAUCACUCGUCUGUACGAACUUGGCCCGGAGCCAGAAAGGAAGAUCUGGGUGGACCGAUACCUGGCCUUCGCUGAGGAGAAAGCCAUGGGCAUGAAUAACCUGCCCGCUGUGGGCCGCAAGCCCCUCGACCUCUUCAGACUCUACGUAUCCGUUAAAGAGAUUGGUGGCCUUACGCAGGUGAAUAAGAACAAGAAGUGGAGGGAGCUGGCCACCAACCUGAACGUGGGCACGUCGAGCAGCGCAGCCAGUUCGCUGAAAAAACAGUACAUCCAGUGUUUGUACGCCUUCGAGUGCAAGAUCGAACGCGGCGAGGACCCGCCCCCAGACUUUUUCAACACGGACGCCAAAAAGAACCAGCCUAAGAUUCAGCCUCCCAGCCCAGCGGGUUCUGGAUCUCUACAAGGCCCCCAGACUCCCCAGUCCACCACUAGUUCAAUGGCAGAGGGGGGAGACCUGAAGCCCCCCACCCCAGCCUCCACUCCACACAGCCAGAUGCCCCCAAUGCCUGGGGUCAGGAGUAGUGUGAAUCUGCAGGACCCUUUUGCUGAUGGUGGAGAUCCGGCAUUUGCCAGAAGGAACGCCAUGACUCCCAACUCUCAGAGCUACCAGCCUGGGAUGGGUGGACCAGAGAUGAUGGGCCGGAUUGGUCCCUAUGAGCCAAACAAGGACCCCUUCGGUGGCAUGAGGAAAGCUGGAGACCAAUUCAUGACCCCAGGUCCCAACAGUGGCAUUGGAGAACAGUAUAACAGAGGCCCACCAGGCCCUAUGGCCAACAUGCAGAUGGGCCAGAGGCAGCAGUACCCUUACGGACCAGGAUAUGACCGCAGACAGGAGCCAGGCAUGGGCCCCGAUGGCAACAUGGGACCAGGAGCUCCGCAGCCCAACCUGAUGCCUUCUGGAGCUGACACAGGGAUGUACUCGCCCAGCCGCCCACCACAACAGCAACGGCAUGAAUCCUAUGCUAAUCAGUACCCUGGCCAAGGAGCUCCCCCUGGUGGCCCAUACCCAAAUCAGCAGCCGGGAAUGUAUCCACAGCAACAACCGAACUACAAACGGCCUGUAGAUGGUGGCUAUGGCCCUCCUGCCAAGCGUCAUGAGGGAGAAAUGUACAACGUCCCCUACAGCGGUCAGCAGCAGCCAGGACCCCAGUCCUCAGGGCCCCAGGGCCAACAGGACAUGUACAACCAGUAUAACGCUUACCCUGGAGGCGACCGCAGACCACCUGGUCCACAGAACCAGUUCCCUUUCCCCUUUGGCCGGGAGCGAGGACCAGCUUCGACAGGGCCCAAUUCCCAGUCCCCAAUGCCUCCCCAAAUGAUGGGAAGCCCCAUGCCUUCAGGUCCCGAUGGCCCCCAGGGCCCCAUGUGGCAGGGCCGCAAUGAGAUGGGCUACCCCAACUAUCCCAACCGACAGGGACCUCCAGUACCAGGCCAGGGCCCCGGCUACCAUGGCAUGAACCGUUCUGAGGAGAUGAUGCCAACGGAUCAGCGCAUGAAUCAUGAGGGGCAGUGGCCUGGACAUGUCAACCAGCGACAGCCCCCGUACGGCCCCGGUGGCUCUGGACCACCAAUGUCCAGACCCCUGCCGUCCAACUACCAGACAACCCAGAACCACAUUCCCCAGGUGUCAAGCCCAGCUCCCAUGCCCCGGCCUAUGGAGAGCAGGACAUCGCCUAGCAAGUCACCCUACAUGCACUCGGGCAUCAAGAUGCAGAAAGCUGGACCCCCAGUGCCUGCCUCUCACAUUGGCCAGGCCCCUGUGCAGCCACCCCUGAUAAGGCGGGACGUAGCCUUCCCACCCGGCUCUGUGGAGGCCUCCCAACCCCACUUAAAGCCCCGCAGGCGACUCACCAUGAAAGACAUUGGCACGCCUGAGGCUUGGAGAGUGAUGAUGUCCCUAAAGUCAGGUUUAUUAGCUGAAAGCACUUGGGCCCUGGACACCAUUAACAUUCUACUGUAUGAUGACAACAGCAUUUCUACUUUUAACCUUUGUCAGCUGCCUGGAUUUCUGGAACUGGUGGUGGAGUACUUCAGACGCUGCCUCAUUGAGAUCUUUGGCAUUCUGAAGGAGUAUGAAGUAGGAGACCCUGGCCAGCGCACCCUCAUCGACCCCAAUGCUGCUGAGGACAGCUGUGAUGAUGAAAUUCCAAUGCCUGAAGUAGAGGACAUGGACACAGAUGAAGAGGAAGAUGAGGAGGAGGAGGAGCAGGAGCAGGAGGAGGAGGAAGAGAAGGCCAACCUGGACCCGUCCUCACUGGUCCAGGUGAAGCAGGAGGAGGAGAGUUCACAGAAAGAAAAGUGUUCAGAGGAAGAGGAGAGGGAAGGGGAGUCCUCUAAAUAUCCUAGCGCCACCACCUCGGGGUCGGCCCAGGAGUCCAGCCUCCCCUUGGAGAGACCCAAGCAGGCCAGCAAGUUUGAUAAACUACCCAUUAAGGUUGUGCGGAAGAAAAAUCCAUUCCUGGCAAACCACUCCUCCAAGUUUGGGCAGCGGCAGAGCUUCGAUAGCGGCCUGAUACAUUGGAGUAUUGGUGGUGGCGACACUACUGAACACAUCCAGACCCACUUUGAGAGCCGGAUGGACCUUCUCAAACAGAGGAAACGAAUGCCAGCUGCCACCGUGAGCCGCAAAAAGGUCCAAGCAUCUGAGACGGUAACAGAAAACACAGAGAAAGCCAAGGUCAACGGGGAGGAUAAGCCUUCCCAACAACAGCCACAGUCUUCUGAACCUCAAAAGUCUCCUGCAGAGAAAACCUCGACUCCUCCUCUUCCUGUUGGUGCCCCAGUCACGGCUACCAUCGAUGAUGUGCUGUCUGCCCGCCCAGGAUCAGUUACUGAGGAAGUGGUCCGCGGUGGGGCAGAGGAGCAAAAGGAGAACGGCAAGUACCUUUUCAGCAUCAACCCCGACCUACAGAGCCGUCGCAACGUCAAGAUCCUGGAGGACGAGCCCCAUAGCAAGGACGAGACGCCACUCAGCACUCUAUCAGACUGGCAGGACUCUCUGGCUCGCCGCUGCAUCUGCAUCUCCAACAUCGUGCGCAGCCUCUCCUUCAUCCCCGGGAACGACUUGGAGAUGUCAAAACACCCAGGCCUCCUGCUACUGCUGGGCCGCCUGGUGCUGCUGCACCACAGGCACCCUGAGCGCAAACAGGCGCCCGUCACCUACGAGAAAGAGGAAGAGGAGGAUGAGGGUGUGAGCUGCGAGAGAGACGAGUGGUGGUGGGACUGCCUUGAGAUGUUACGGGAGAAUUGCCUGGUCACUCUGGCGAACAUCUCAGGCCAGCUGGACCUUUCCAUCUAUCCGGAGAGUAUAUGCCUGCCGCUGCUCGACGGCCUGCUCCACUGGGCCGUUUGCCCCUCAGCAGAGGCUCUGGACCCCUUCCCCACACUGGGGCCCCACGGCUCACUUUCCCCCCAGAGACUGGUCCUCGAGACCCUCAGCAAGCUCAGCAUCCAGGACAACAACGUCGACCUCAUUUUGGCAACGCCACCCUUCAGCCGCCUGGAGAAGCUCUACGGUUCGCUGGUGCGCCUGGUCGGUGAGCGCAAGGUGGCCGUCUGCCGGGAAAUGGCGGUCGUCCUAUUGGCUAACUUAGCCCAGGGCGACAGUCUGGCAGCUCGGGCCAUCGCCGUGCAGAAAGGUAGUGUGGGCAACCUGCUGGGCUUCCUGGAGGACAGCCUAGCAGCCACACAGUACCAGCAAAGCCAGAGCUCCCUGCUCCACAUGCAGGGAGCCCCCCACUUUGAGCCCACCAGCGUGGACAUGAUGCGGCGGGCGGCCCGGGCCCUCCACGCUCUGGCCAAGGUGGAGGAAAACCACUCAGAGUUCACUUUGUACGAGUCACGGCUACUGGACAUCUCAGUGUCCCCCCUUAUGAACUCUCUGGUGUCCCAUGUGAUCUGUGAUGUACUGUUUCUGAUUGGCCAGUCAUGACAGCCGUGGGGGAUUUCAGCUCCACCUCUUUCCGUUCCCCUUCCCCCCUUUUUUUCUUUUUUUUCUUUUUUCUUUCUUUUUUUUUUUUUUGGUGUGCGUGUCUGUUGCGUGUGAGUGAAGAGAACUAAGAGCAAAACUGACUGUCCUUUUUUUAAUUUAUGCAAAAUCACCUCGGAUUCCACUGUCUUUCUAUCCCCCGCUUCUCACUAAAAGUAAGGAAUAUCAUGAAGUAGCUGUGGAUUUUAAAAACGUCGGGACAAGAAAGAUACUGGCAAGAGGAGCAGACCGGGACCCUGGCAUUGGAGCGAGUGCGCUGGCCUACGGAACGGACUUGUUUUUUUUUUUUUUUUUGUUUUGUUUUGUUUU